CAGCUAGCUGCGGAGACCGCGCGGGCGGCUCUGGCUGGAGUGGCAGCGGCGGUGGCUGCUCCUCUCACGCGUGUUCGGGGAUACCCGUGGGCGUCCCGGCGAUGGCGUCCCUCCCGAGACGCGGCGUGCAGACCGCGGGACACGGGAUGGAACUGCGGGAGUGAGCCAGGGCCGUCGCUGGGCGGGGGGGGGGGGGGGGGGGGGGGGGGCGAUGGCCGUGUCCCCGCUGCUGCUCCGCGGGGCGCUGCUGCUGUGGCAGCUGCUGGCGACGCGGGGCGCUGCGCUGGAGAUCGGUCGCUUCGAUCCGGAGCGCGGCCGGGGUCCCGCCCCGUGCCAGACCAUGGAGAUACCCAUGUGCAGGGGCAUCGGCUACAACUUGACCCGCAUGCCCAACCUGCUGGGCCACACGUCGCAGGGCGAGGCGGCUGCCCAGCUCGCCGAGUUCGCGCCUCUGGUGCAGUACGGCUGCCACAGCCACCUGCGCUUCUUCCUCUGCUCGCUCUACGCCCCCAUGUGCACCGACCAGGUCUCUACUCCCAUCCCCGCCUGCCGGCCCAUGUGCGAGCAGGCUCGCCUGCGCUGCGCCCCCAUCAUGGAACAAUUCAAUUUCGGAUGGCCGGACUCUCUGGAUUGUGCCCGGCUCCCCACGCGCAACGACCCGCACUCGCUGUGCAUGGAGGCACCGGAGAACGCCACCGCAGGCCCCGCAGAGCCCCACAAGGGUCUGGGCAUGCUACCUGUGGCCCCUAGGCCCGCCAGGCCUCCGGGGGAUGCAGCCCUCGGUCCAGGCAGCGCUGGCACCUGCGAGAACCCGGAGAAGUUCCAGUACGUGGAAAAGAGUCGCUCGUGCGCUCCUCGCUGCGGACCUGGCGUCGAGGUGUUCUGGUCUCGGCGUGACAAGGACUUUGCGCUCGUCUGGAUGGCUGUGUGGUCUGCCUUGUGUUUCUUCUCCACCGCCUUCACAGUGUUCACCUUCCUGUUGGAGCCUCACAGGUUCCAGUACCCCGAGCGCCCCAUCAUCUUCCUUUCCAUGUGUUACAACGUCUACUCAUUGGCCUUUCUGAUCCGGGCUGUGGCAGGUGCGCAGAGUGUGGCCUGUGACCAGGAGGCGGGGGCCCUGUAUGUGAUCCAGGAGGGCUUGGAGAACACAGGCUGCACGCUGGUCUUUCUCUUGUUGUACUACUUUGGUAUGGCCAGCUCACUUUGGUGGGUGGUCUUGACUCUCACAUGGUUCCUGGCUGCAGGCAAAAAAUGGGGCCAUGAGGCCAUUGAGGCCCAUGGCAGUUACUUCCACAUGGCAGCCUGGGGCCUGCCAGCCCUCAAAACCAUCGUGGUCCUGACCUUGCGGAAGGUGGCUGGGGAUGAACUGACUGGGCUCUGCUAUGUAGCCAGCAUGGAUGGGGCAGCACUCAUUGGCUUCGUAUUGGUGCCCCUCUCCUGCUACCUGGUACUAGGCACCAGCUUCCUCCUGACAGGCUUUGUGGCUCUCUUCCAUAUCCGAAAGAUUAUGAAGACGGGUGGCACCAAUACAGAGAAGCUGGAAAAACUCAUGGUCAAGAUUGGGGUCUUUUCCAUCCUCUACACUGUGCCAGCCACUUGUGUCAUCGUGUGCUAUGUUUAUGAACGCCUCAACAUGGAUUUCUGGCGCCUCAGGGCCACAGAACAGCCAUGUAUUGCUGCCACCGUGCCUGGAGGCCAGAGAGACUGCUCGCUGCCAGGGGGCUCUGUGCCCACCGUGGCUGUGUUUAUGCUCAAAAUCUUCAUGUCCCUGGUGGUGGGCAUCACUAGUGGAGUCUGGGUAUGGAGUUCCAAGACUUUCCAGACCUGGCAGAGCCUGUGUUAUCGAAAGAUGGCUGCAGGCCGGGCCCGGGCCAAGGUCUGCCGGGCCCCUGGGGGCUGUGGCCGUGGUACCCACUGCCAUUACAAGGCCCCUAUGGUGGUCUUGCACAUGACUAAGACCGACCCCUCUCUGGAGAACCCCACACAUCUCUAGGGACACCACACAGACUUGGCUCCUGGCUGUGUCUGCCCCCACCUUACCUCCUCCCCCUUUCAGAGACAGCUGACUAGCAGCUGUCAAGGUCAGACAAGUAAGGACCAGGGUGGGGACCCUGUGAGACUCACAGCCCUAUUCUCCCUCAUGCAGGGAGUGGACCUAGUUGAGUCCCCAAAGGAUCCUAGGAGAGGGGGAGGGGGCAGAAGAGGGCAGGGUCCAGCACGGAGUUUAUUUAAUGAUGUAAUUUAUUGUGCCAUUUCUCUGGAAGCUGUGACUGGAAUAAACCCCUGAGUGG